UACCCGUCCGUCAUCGACAACGAGAGUGCCUGCUAAAGCCCGCAGAUUGAGGAUCUCGAACCGAGGGCGAGGGAUGGUAUGAAGUACAAAGACGACCUGGACGAGGCGAAUCACAAGAUCGACCAGCUCACCAAACACCUCAACGUCACGGAGAAGUACCGCAGGAAGCUCGAGAGCAUGGGCGACCUGGAGCAACAGAUGAAGAUCAUGGAGGAGCAGCAUGCUCGCAUGUCGAAGGAGCUCCGUGCUGCCGAGGAGAGCGCAAAACAGGUGUCCGGACUGAAGCGGACCAUCGAGCAGUACAAGAAACAGGUCGCGCGGCUGGAGAAUGACUGUGCCGAGAUGUCGAGGACGAAGAACUCGCUGGAGUCGGAGAAGCAGAUAUUACUAUCCAGAUCCGAUGGCGCCGAGUACCAGAAGACGAAAGACCAGGAGCGGAUACGAAAUCUCGAGGAGAAGAUCCGGGAGCUGGAGAGUGGACUGGUGUCGGAAGCCGCCGAGGAAUAUGGUGGUGAUCUCGGUUCAGAGUUGGCGUACUCGACAAGGACUAAGGCGGAUAUGAAGCUCAAGAUUGCCAGCCUGGAGGCUGAAAUCCGACAUCUUAAGGACAGCGGCGGUGUCGGUGCUGACAAUGUCGUCUUGCAACACAUGCUCGAGGACGCAACAAGAGCACGGGACAAGCUCGAGCACGACUACCUGGAGGCCAAUAUGGCCAAGCUGGUAGCCGAGUCGCAGCUGGCCAUGAUCCGUUCUGGUACCGCGAACGAAGGCUCGGAGGUCAUGCUCAAGCUGCGCCAGAGCUACGUGGACAGCCAAUCCCAGUUGUCGGAGAUUAAGAUCAAGGUAUCGGAGUUGGAAGCAGAGUUGGCUACUACCAAACGAGCUCUUGUCACUGCACAGUCGGACUUGAGCUUGGUUGGUGCCGACCAGCUCGAAGCGCUGGAUAAGCUUAAGGCGGAAGCAAACUCGGAUCUCGCAGAGCUGCAAACAGUGCACGCGGAACUUCAGAGCAGGGUCAAGGACCUCGAGUCGGACUUACGGACAAAGGAGUCGCUCCUCGAACGUGUGCUGCUCGAGAAAGAUGCACUCUCGACGAAGAUGACCGAGCAAAAGGACCUUCUGUUCGAGAAGGAGCAGGCGCUUUCGGAUCUCAAGGAGACGAUUGCCGCGUUCGAAGGAAGCAUCGGCGGCGCCGAUGGAGCGUUGGAGAAGCACGUGCGAGAACUCCAGAACAAGCUCGAGGACCGACGGGAGAAGAUGACCAAGUCCAAAGCCUUCAUCAAAAAGCAAAACGCCACAAUCAAAGACCUCACAGAGCAACUCGAAGCAGCGCGAGCGGCCGACUCGGACGAAAAACUGCAAGCCAUGGAGGAGCGAUAUCUAGAGCUUAAGAGAAAGAAGGAAGAAGAGCUCGAACUCCUGGAACGCGAAAAUUUACUUAUGGCUACGGCGUACCAUGACCAGGCCAGCCGACUACAGCUGAACAGCGUGGUGCUGCUCCGGAGGAGCGACGCACCCACUAGCUGGCUCAAUCAGCAGAGGAAUGCGUUAGAUGGAUCGAUUAGGAGGUGAUUGAUGAUUGAUUGAUUGCACCCGUGUGGUGGCUUUGGAGACGAUGCUGGG